GAGCAACAGAGAAACAAUGUGCCAUUAACGCUGCAUUCUACGACAAUAAUGGACCACAGCGAGAAACGACAUCGAAAAAGUAAUCCCAGAGAUAGAGCCAACAUUUUCUCUCUUCUGUCCUUCUUUUAUAUGGGAACAACCUUCAAAAAGGCUCUAAAAAAAGAUUUGGAAGAAGAAAACCUGUACGAACCCGUGAAAAGCUGCAAAUCGACGCGAUGUGGGGACAAGUUAGAAUACAAAUGGGAUUUACAACGGACCAAAUCAUCAGUGAGUGCAUUUCAACUGCUGGUCCGAAGAUUCGGACGUCAGUACCUGUUUAUGGGUGUCCUAGACCUCAUCUGGCAAAUAGUUCGAGCGACAGUGGAGACUGAUGCGAUCAGCAACUUGAUCGGCUACUUCAGUCCGCACAGUCAACAAACCAAAACGGAUGCUUACAUUAAUGCAGCCCUGGUUUUGGGAUUGAGCGCCUUUCGAGUCGUCUACAUGCACAACUACAUACUGGUCAUGCAAAAGUUGGCCCUGAAGACCAGAACUGCCUUCUCCACGUUGAUUUACCGAAAGGCUUUGAAGCUAAGUCCCGAAGCUUUGUGUGACAUCAGUUUGGGGAACGUCGUCACUUUAAUCACAAAAGAUGUGACAGCUUUUCAGACCAACAUCUGGACCAUAAACGACAUGUGGGUGGGAGCGUUGCGUUCUUGUUACGUUGUUUACUUGAUUUACGCCAAAAUGGGACCCAUAUCUUUAAUUGGCAUCGGGAUGAUUUUGAGCGUAAUACCUUUACAAGUGUAUUUGGCCAAAGUUGUCGUUAACAUGAGGCUAAAGGUAGGAGAAAAAACCGAUGAAAGGCUGCAAAUCAUGCAGGAAGUUCUUUCCGCCAUUAAAAUCAUAAAAAUGUACACGUGGGAAAAUUAUUUCGACACCAAAGUGACACAAGCUCGAAAAAAGGAACUGAGCAAGAUGCUGAAGGGAUUCUACAUUAGAAUCGUCGUCAUUUUAAUUGGCAUUCUUACUUCUAGAGUGGCCUUCUACAUCCUGAUCAUGAUUUACAUCUGGUUGGGAUACACGACGAAUGCCAAAUUUGUCUUUUACAUUCUCGAGUGCUUUAAAAAUUUGCGAACGGUUCUCGCUUUCGAUAUACCAUAUGGUUUGGCAAGAGGAGCUGAAAUGUACGCUUCGCUGAUACGUAUCGAUAGAGUUUUGGACGCCGAAGAGCUCGAUUUGGACCGUAGGUACGAGGAAACGGACAAGCCUCUUGUUAAUUUAAACGGAGUGAGUGUUAGGAUAAAGGAUAAGGAGAUUUUGAACGAUGUCACGAUGAAGAAUGUUAGUAAAGGUUUGGUUGUGAUAACUGGUCCUGUGGGAUCAGGAAAGAGUUCUCUCUUAAAAACGAUUCUUAAAGAAUACCCUCAUCAACAAGGAGGCGUUGAAGUCAGGGGUAGUAUAUCUUAUGCUUCUCAGGAUCCUUGGCUCUUUCCCUCAACUAUAAGGCAAAACAUCCUUUUCGGAGAACGAUACGACGAACACAGAUAUCAGGAGGUCGUUAAAGUUUGCGCACUCCGCUACGACUUCGAACUGUUGGACCACGGCGAUGAAACGAUCGUGACCGACAAAGGAAUGAAUCUUAGCAAGGGACAACAAGCCAGAGUAAAUUUGGCAAGAGCGAUUUACAAAGAGAGCAACAUUUAUCUCUUGGACGAUUCCUUAACUGCGCUUGACAGCAGCGUUCAAGACUACAUCUUCCACGAGUGCAUUAAGAAAUAUCUCAAAGACAAGAUUUGCAUAUUGGUAACGCAGUGCAAAAAACACCUCGAUCAGGGAGAUUUGUUGAUGGUAAUGGACGAAGGUAGGGUCGUGUCGUAUGGGAAACCUACAGAAAUCAAUUUGGAAAGGUUCCUGAUCGAUACCGAAAAAAGUGGAGGAACAGAGGACAAGGGGAAGGAGGGCCACAACGAGGAGUCGGAUAUGCUGAAACACGAACAGGUGUCCAACAAACAGGUUUAUCGCGAAGUCAAAAGAUCUGGAAGCGUCGAUCUGAUGGUGUACUAUAAGUAUUUCAAGUAUGGAGGAGGAUUUUUAUCGCUCUUUGCAAUUGCUUUGCUUUACAUAAGUGCGCAGUUUGCAGAAUCAAUUUCUAGCACACUUUUAACAAACUGGGUCGAUUUAAAUCAAAAGACGAUGGAUUUGGCAAACAGUACUAACGCAACAGCUUACAAGACGAGUUUGGACGAAACAAAUCUGACUAUUAAUUUGUAUUCGGGUGCUACAUUACUGUCGAUUAGUUUGGAUCUGACCAAGUUUUAUAUUUUGUUGAACUUUGCCAGAAUAGCAUCGUUGAACAUCCAUAAGGCAUUAACUAAAUCGGUCAUAAAUGCUGUCAUGCCAUUUUUCGACAACCAUUUCAUAGGAAAUAUUUUGAACAGGUUUUCCCAAGACCUGAAUAACAUUGACGAGCAAUUAUCUUUUAUUCUUUCGGAAGUUUUAAGAGUGUUCUUUCAACUUGCCGGUGUGAUUUUGGUCAUAACCUACGUCAACUGGACAUUCUUGAUUCCAUCACUUAUCUUUUUGGGUGCGGCAGUAACUUUAAGACAACUGUACAUGCCGACUGGAAGAAGUCUUAAAAGACUGGAGGCUACAACUCGCAGCCCUUUGGUAGGUCACUUAAACUCCUCCCUGGAAGGGAUAACAACAAUCAGAGCUUAUAAAGCUGAAGACAUUCUUAAAGAAGAAUUCGACAGGCAUCAAGAUUUGUACACCUCAGCGCACUUCAUGCUUUUGUGCAGCUCCAGAGCAUUCGGUUUCGUCGUCGACUGUUGCUGUACCAUUUUAAUAUCGUUUAUCGUCAGCAGGUUCUUGUUGUUCGAUUCCGAACUGUCAGCCGGCGACGUUGGUUUGGUUUUGACACAGUUGUUUGUUUUAUCCGACAAUGUUCAGUGGGGCAUAAGGCAAUGGGCGGAUCUGGAGAACCAAAUGACAUCGGUUGAAAGAUUAUUAGAAUAUACAGAGAUCAAUCAGGAGGUGAAGCAAGGAAAAACCGUGGACGAUUGGCCCAAGCAAGGACAAGUGUCCUUUGAAAAGGUUUCUUUAACAUACAGCAAUAACGAGCAGGUUUUGAAGAACUUGAACUUUACGGUGGAAGCCCAUCAAAAGAUUGGUAUUAUCGGACGGACUGGUGCGGGAAAAUCAUCGAUCAUUUCUUGUUUGUUUAGAUUAUAUGACGUCGAAGGAACAAUUGUAAUCGACAAUGUGGAUAUCAGUACUCUGGAUUUAGACUUCCUGAGGAAGAACAUUGCGAUUAUUCCCCAAGAUCCGGUUUUGUUUACGGGGACAAUGAGAGACAACAUCGAUCCCCUGAGAACGUAUUCGGAUCCGGAAAUUUGGGAGGCGUUAGAAAAGGUCAAACUAAAAGAUGCACUGACCAGUUUAGAUAUGGAAAUUACAGAAAAAGGUUCCAAUUUUAGUUCCGGUCAAAGGCAAUUGAUCUGUUUGGCUCGAGCAAUAAUCAGAAAGAAUAAGAUCGUCGUCCUUGACGAAGCCACUGCAAAUAUGGAUCCAAAAACUGAUCAGCUUCUGCACGACACAAUUAACGAGAACUUUUCUAAUUGUACCGUCUUUAUUAUUGCUCACAGACUACAUUCAAUUUUCGAUUGUGAUAAGAUUGUUGUUAUGGAAAAAGGAGAGAUUGUUGAAUUUGAUGCACCUUCGAAAUUAUUGUUGAAUGAAUGCAGCUAUUUUUACAAGAUGGUCCAACAAACCGGUUUGAAUGGCGUCGAAAAUUUGUGAACACUUUUAUUGAAAAAUAUAUAUUUUUUAAAUUUGAA